AUGUUAACAUAUACUGUCACCAUUGAUGAUUAUCAAACUAUUGAUGAUAAAGUAUAUUAUUAGAUCAACAUUUUUUGUUCAGAAGGUCAUAAAAAGAUUUCCAAAAGAUAUUCAGACUUGAAAGCUUUAAAUGAUAAAAUAAUCGAUAAAAAUUCUAACUUUAAACUUCAUUUAAAUCUUCCCUUAUUUCCAGGUCGAAAGAUUUUUGGAAGAACCAAAAAUUCUGUUGCUGGAAUUAAAUAAAGAGUAAUUUAUGAGUUCUAUCUAGGGCAAAGAAUUAUAGUAAUAUUUAGAAGGCAUUUUAAAUAUUAAAUAAUUACAAUCAUUUAAAUCCAUUAAAGAGUUACUUCCUCAGCAAUAAUUAUAUUAAGAAUCUCUUUAAUUAACUAAUAGUGGAGAAUAUGAUAAAGAAGUUUGUUGGUUAUAAAUGGAUGAGUUAAAGAGAUCUUUUUUGGAAAGACAAGAAAUUAAAUAGCCUAAGAAUAUUAAAUCUAAAAGUAAAUCUAGUUUUAAUACUACUGGAUAUGUUUAAAGAUAUCAUUUUAGCAUAGAUGAUUAUUUAAUUUAGGAAGACGUUGUUUUAUAUACAAUAACUUUAACUGAUACUAAAAAGACAACAAAUUAUAAAUUUAUUUCAAGAUAUAGUGAUUUGAGAGAAUAUCAUAUUAUGCUAUAAAAAGAAAAUUUAAAAGUUGAAUUGCCAGUUUAUCCAAAAAGAAAGAUCAUAUCAUAAACAAAUGAAAAUCCAUUAUUUAUUCGAGAAAGGUUAGAACUUUUAUAGAAAUAUUUAAAUGAUAUAUUUUCAAUUAAAGAAUUAGUUUAAAGUGAGCCAUUACAAUAUUUAAUAACAAAAAUUAAAUUAGAAGGCCAACCAAUUAGAAUAGGCCCGAUUCAACAAAAAUAAUAAAUUUUUACAAGCUCGAUUUUAUAUGAGAGCCAAGAGAAUAUUCCUGAAAGAAAAAGCUCCUUUUGA